UUCUCAAACAAUGGCUUCUUCUUCUUCCCUAUCUAAAGAGCUUCAUUUUCUAUUGAUACCUUUAAUGUCUCAAAGUCAUAUUAUACCAAUAAUAGACUUUGCAAAAUUACUAGCCCUACAUAGAGUCAAAAUAUCUAUCAUCACAACACCUCUCAAUGCCCAAAAAUACAAAUCUAUAGUCACACAUGCCCUAAAAUCCAAUCUAAAUAUUCAACUAAUACCUAUUCAUUUUCCAACCCAAGAAUUUGGAUUGCCUCAAGGAUGUGAAAAUAUGGACUCACUUAAUUCACUAGAAAUGUUCAAAAAUUUCCUUUUGGCUAGUGAAAUGAUGCAAGAACCACUAGAGAAAUUGAUUCAAGAUCAUAUGGAACCAAAGCCAAGUUGUAUCAUUUCUACUAGUCCUCUCACUUGGACUCAACAACUUGCUAAUAAGUUCAAGAUUCCUAGGUAUAUAUUUCAAACUAUUUCUUGUUUCACCCUCUAUUGUUCUCAUAUGUUAAAUGAAACAAGCAUACAAGAUACCCUUGUGUUGGAUGAUGAUACAUUCUUGAUACCUAAUAUACCACACAAGAUUGAGUUUACAAAGGCUCAAUUGCCUCAAUCUACUCAAGAUAUGAAGAGUCUUGUGGACAAAAUGAAGAAGUUUCAAGAUUUGGCUAGAGGUAGUUUGAUUAAUACUUUUGAGGAGUUGGAACCUUGGUAUGUUGAGUCAUACAAGAAAGUUGUGAACAAAGUAUUUUGUGUUGGUCCAGUAUCAUUAUGUAAUAAAGGAAUGGAUGAAAUGGUUGAUAGAGGCAACAAGGCUUCAAUUGAUGAUGAACAUGAUAAUUGUUUGAAUUGGCUUGAUACUAUGAAGCCAAAAUCAGUCAUUUAUGCUUGUUUUGGUAGCCUUUGUCACAUUUCAUUAUUGCAAAUGAAGGAAAUUGGAUUAGGGUUAGAGUCAUCAAAUGUACCUUUCAUUUGGAUAAUUAGAGGGCUAAACUUUACAUUAGAAGUUGAAAAAUGGCUAAGAGAUGAAAAUUUUGAAGAUAGGGUUAAAGGAAGAGGGAUGAUUAUUAGAGGUUGGGCCCCACAAGUCCUAAUAUUAUCUCAUCCUUCCGUCGGAGGAUUCUUAACACACUGUGGAUGGAAUUCAGCACUAGAAGGGAUCUCUCGUGGCGUGCCAAUGACUACUUUUCCUAUGUUUGCCGAGCAAUUUUACAAUGAAAAAUUCAUCGUAAAUAUCUUGAAGACUGGAGUUCGAGUUGGCAUUGAAGUGAGUACUACCUCUUGGAAUGAAGAGAAGAGUGGAGUAUUGAUUAGCAAAGAUCAAGUCAAAAAAGCAAUAAAUCAAUUAAUGGAUCAAGGAUUAGAGGGUGAAGAAAGAAGAAAAAUAGCAAAGGAUUUGUCACAAAUUUCAAAGAAGGCUAUACAAGAAGAAGGUUCUUCAUACUUGAAUAUCAAAUUAUUGAUUGAAGAUGUCAUGCAUGUACUCAAAAAUAAAGAAGAAAUUGAAUAGGAUUUGAAGAGUCCUCACACAAUCAUUCACAUUAAUUUUAUAAUAAAUUAUUAAAGUUAUCAAUGUA